CACAAAUGGUGCUCAAAUCUGCUAAAAUUGACUAUGAUACGUUGCUCGCUGCUUUGGCAGGUAGACAGUAGUAUAGUGAGGAAUAAAAAUUGAAACCAUAGGAUUCAUGGAAUUUUGAAUUGAUUUCAUUCCUGAUGUCGCGCGAGAUGGAUUUACAUCUUCAUGCAUCUCUUGAAGCAGCACCUCAAGAGGUUCACUGAGUCCCUCACAUCUUCUGCAUGUACAGAUCAGAUAAGACCGUGGUCCUUCAAUUCAUGCCGGAUGUCACGGAACUAAUUGAGUAUAAAAGGGCUCAUCCCUUUGCCUUCGCUCGUUCACUAAUUCACCAAUGGACCCAGUUCAGAAUCAAGUUCACGAGGACGGCCAACAGUGGCACGACGCUUCGAACUCCGCCCCUCCACCAGACAUCCCCAAAGUCCACUCAGCACCUCAUUCAGAAUCGGCGCAAACGGUCAUCUCUGGAGCUUUCUUUGCUGGCGCUCAUCGCUUCAGUAUCAACGGUGGAUCUUUCAACCACAGCAAUGGAGAUAUCAACCAAGAUAUCGUUAACGAUCAUUCGAAUCGAAGCAACUUUGGUAAUAGAUACGGUGACAAUCGUUCAAAUUCGAAUAACAGGACGAACAACUACAAUGCUGGCUAUAAUGAUAAUCGGAUACAUGGGUCUAGUCAUUGGACCCAGGCCACAGCCAGGACACAAUAUCGCUAUGACCAAACUCCCGCUCCCGGCAGUGGUCUUGGUCGAGGAGGUAGAUCUUCUGUCCCUCCAAACUUUCAGCCGAGUCAACGCAGCAUCCCUACUAUCCCUGGGUCGGCAUACUUUGGGGAAAACCCUCUACAUCGACCCUCUAGUGCACCUACGCACGGUGCACCUACACACGUUGAUGCACGGAUAAUCGAGGGGGAUGAGCACGGCCCCUACGACAAUCGAGAAGAAGAGCCUGAGUACUACUAUGACCCCCAGCAGGGACCUGAUACCCAAUACUACCAGGACUAUCAUCCCGAGCGGAACAACUACAGUGGUCCUGGUGAAGAAAUGUAUCAUGAGGGACAGCAGCAGAAUCAGCCUAGAGAACGAUCUUACUACUAUUCGGAACUACAGCCUGUGCAGCCUGCUUCCACGCAGCCCAGAUUUAAAUCCAACAAUCCAUUCGCGAAGAUGAUGUCCCCCUAGUGAACUCCAGUGAAAGACUUUGAGCCGGGCUGUUAUGUUCUGUUAUGUCUGUUGAUUUUCAUCGGAAUCCUGGUCAUUUUAUUACCUGUACUGUACUAUAUUGUCAAUGUACUACGUUUAUUCUUGCAUGAUUCAGAAUUAGACCUGCAGAUCUGUA